UGACCCACUCAGGAAGGAGAAGAACCAGUAUGAGUCAGAAGAGAUUCACUCUCUCUGACAACAUCCAAAAUGCCGUGUAAACUGCUAAAUCUAUGUGAGUAUGAAACCCAUAAACUGGUCCGAAUACAAAGUGCAAGGCUGGGAUCGCUGAAAUGGACAUUUAACGGAGCCAUACUGAUGUUCAUCUGCAUUGUAAUGUUCUGGAACAAGGAGUACCAAGAACACGACUAUGUGGUCAGCUCUGUUACUGCUAAGGUCAAGGGAGUGGCCAUGACCAGCUUGCCAGAUGUUGGUGAUAUAGUAUGGGAUGUUGUAGAUUACAGUGGGCCAUCACAGGGAAAGAAUUCAUUUUUCGUGGUGACCAAUGUCAUUGUUACAAAAAAUCAAAGGCAAGGAAAAUGCCCUGAGGUCCCUCCUUAUGGAAAAGUGUGUUGGACAGACAAGGACUGUGUGAAGGGGUUCUGGGAUCAGAACAGCCACGGGGUUCAGACAGGUGCAUGUGUGAAGUUUGAUGUAAAACAGAAAACAUGUGAGGUGUCUACAUGGUGCCCCAUAGAAACCAAGAAAACACCCCCCAAGCCUGCUCUCUUGGCAUCAGCUGAGAACUUCACAGUCCUCAUCAAGAACAACAUCAGAUUCCCAAACUUUAACUUCAUUAGAAGGAACAUCCUCCCUGAGAUGACGGACAGCUACCUGAAGCACUGCCAAUUUAACAGGCGUACAGACCCCUGGUGCCCCAUCUUCCGCCUCGGGGACAUUGUGCAGGAGGCCAGAGAGAACUUCUCAGAGAUGGCAGUUGAGGGUGGCGUCAUUGGGAUCCAAAUUAAGUGGGAUUGUAAUCUGGACGGGUUCUUGCGGAACUGUCUGCCCAAAUACUCCUUCCACCGGCUGGAUGAGAAGGAGAGCAACAGAACUCUGUACCCUGGUCUCAACUUCAGGUUUGCUAGAUAUCAGACAGAAAAAGGUGUUGGGGAGAGAACCCUGUUUAAAGCGUUUGGGAUCAGGUUUGAUGUCAUGGUAUUCGGAAAGGCAGGAAAAUUCAGCAUAAUCCAACUGAUCAUCUAUAUUGGAUCAACUCUAUCCUAUUAUGCACUGACCACGUUAUUCAUUGACUGGCUCAUUGGGACCAGCUGCUUCUCUAAAGAAGCCAGACAGAACUACUCAGAGAAAAAGGUUGAAUCUGUUCAGGACAGACAACAGUGCAUUCUUUGUGUCUCGUUUGUGGACGAGAACCAUAUAAGAGUGGUGAAAAGAUCAAAUAGGAAAAGUUUACAACAAGUGAAGCCCAUGUCCGUUCACCCAUUCAAGGAUGACAUAAGGCACCUGAGUGCCAUGGCUGGUGUUUUGCAGAAAGGGCACAGCAUAGACAAGCAGCCCCAGGCUCUCCCUCGGCCCAGCCGUCCAGCCUGGUGUCUGUGUGGCUGCUGCCUCCCCUCCACCCAUCCCCAGGAGCAGCUGUGCUGCAGGAUGAGCAGAGGUCGCUGCAUCACCACCUCCUCCUUGUUUGAACAGCUGGUGCUGAGUCGGCCCUUGUUGGAGGCAGUGUUGCUGUACAGGGAGCCUCUUUGUGAGCUGACCGAGGGGGAGCAGUGGACCACCGCCAUGCGCCACUGCGCCUACAAUCAGUAUAUCACCUGGAGAUUUGGGGCCCCACCCAGAGAAAGCCUUCCUGUCAUACCCAGUUGUAGUGUGUGGAGAAUCAGAAAGGAAUACUCCAGCCAAGAUGGAGAGUACACUGGCAUGAGUACCAGAAGAACUACUUCUCCCCAGUCCAGCCCUAACACAUAGCUUUAGGGAAGAGGGAGAGUCAGUGUUCUAGAAAGCAGUGUUCUAUAUAGAAAUCAGAGACUGGUCCUCAUCAUGUAACAGCUGUAUCAUGCAUUUGUACUGGUGUAUUUAUCUAUCUAAUCUUCCAUUCUGCAUUAAGGUUAACAUUUUCAACUUGAUCAUUAUUCUCGCCUAUAGAUAUUGUGUCUAUCCAUCCCACUGUCUAGAGACCAUAAAUGAUGAAAAGGGCUCCCAAGUGGCGCAGCGGUCUAAGGCAUUGCAUCUCCGUGCUAGAGGCGUCACUACAGACCCUGGUUUGAAUCCAGGCUGUAUCACAAUCCGCCGUGAUUGGGAGUCCCAUAGGGCGGUGCACAAAUGGCCCAGCGUUGUUCGGGUUUGGCUGGUAUGGGCCGUCAUUCUAAAUAAGAAUUUGUUCUUAACUGACUUGCCUAGUUAAAUAAAGGUACAAUUUAAAAAAUAUACAUUGGGGAGAACAAGUAUUUGAUAGACUGCUGAUUUUACAGGUUUUCUACUUACAAAGCAUGUAGAGGUCUGUAAUUUUUAUCAUAGGUACACUUCAACUGUGAGAGACGGAAUCUAAAACAAAAAUCCAGAGAAUCACAUUGUAUGAUUUUUAAGUAAUUAAUUUGCAUUAUACUGCAUGACAUAAGUAUUUGAUCGCCAACCAACCAGUAAGAAAUCCAGCUCUCACAGACCUGUUAGUUUUUCUUUAAGAAGCCCUCCUGUUCUCCACUCAUUACCUGUAUUAACUGCACCUGUUUGAACUCGUUACCUGUAUAAAAGACACCUGUCCACACACUCAAUCAAACAGACUCCAACCUCUCCACAAUGGCCAAGACCAGACAGCUGUGUAAGGACAUCAGGGAUAAAAUUGUAGACCUGCACAAGGCUGGAAUGGGCUACAGGACAAUAGGCAAGCAGUUUGGUGAGAAGGCAACAACUGUUGGCGCAAUUAUUAGAAAAUGGAAGAAGUUCAAGAUGACGGCCAAUCACCCUCGGUCUGGGGCUCCAUGCAAGAUCUCACCUCGUGGGGCAUCAAUGAUCAUGAGGAAGGUGAGGGAUCAGCCCAGAACUACACGGCAGGACCUGGUCAAUGACCUGAAGAUAGCUGGGACCACAGUCUCAAAGAAAACCAUUAGUAACACACUACGCCGUCAUGGAUUAAAAUCCUGCAGUGCACGCAAGGUCCCCCUGCUCAAGCCAGCGCAUGUCCAGGCCUGUCUGAAGUUUGCCAAUGACCAUCUGGAUGAUCCAGAGGAGGAAUGUGAGAAGGUCAUGUGGUCUGAUGAGACAAAAAAUGUAGCUUUUUGCUCUAAACUCCACUCGCCGUGUUUGGAGGAAGAAGAAGGAUGAGUAUAACCCCAAGAACACCAUCCCAACCAUGAAGCAUGGAGGUGGAAACAUCAUUCUUUGGGGAUGCUUUUCUGCAAAUGGGACAGGAUGACUGCACCGUAUUGAGGGGAGGAUGGAUGGGGCCAUGUAUCGCGAGAUCUUGGCCAACAACCUCCUUCCCUCAGUAAGAGCAUUGAAGAUAGGUCGUGACUGGGUCUUCCAGCAUGUCAACAACCUGAAAAACACAGCCAGGGCAACUAAGGAGUGGCUCCGUAAGAAGCAUCUCAAGGUCCUGGAGUGGCCUAGCCAGUCUCCAGACCUGAACCCAAUAGAAAAUCUUUGGAGGUAGCUGAAAGUCCGUAUUGCCCAGCGACAGCCCCGAAACCUGAAGGAUCUGGAGAAGGUCUGUAUGGAGGAGUGGGCCAAAAUCCCUGCUGCAGUGUGUGCAAACCUGGUCAAGAACUACAGGAAACGUAUGAUCUCUGUAAUUGCAAAGAAAGGUUUCUGUACCAAAUAUUAAGUUCCGCUUUUCUGAUAUAUCAAAUACUUAUGUCAUGCAAUAA